CAGGCUCUUCUUGCCCAAGCACCCUCCCACCCAAAACACUCUUCAUUUCAUCUUGAUUCUUGACAGCCCACACAACUCUGCUGGAUAUAUUCAUCUCUAUUUACUCCGUUUUUAACUGCUUUUUCUCCAAAGUUGUUUUCUGGAGAACAUUUGCCAGUUAUCAGGAGUGUUUGUCUGCCAUCAUGGCACCGGGAGGCUCACAGACGGAUGUGAAAGACUCUCUGAAUGGGAGUAUGGAUUUCUAUCGCAGCUGGUUCGGUUCUACGACCCCACGACCUCCUCUGCGAAAUUACCUGGUCCUGACCAUCCUCACCUGUUUCUGUCCUGCCUACCCUGUCAAUAUUUUAGCCCUGGUGUUCUCGAUAAUGUCCAGAAACAGUUAUGACCAGGGAGAUUAUGAUGGUUCUAGGCGUUUAGGGAAGAUGGCGCUCUAUGUGUCGAUCGCCUCCAUCAUCAUUGGCAUCCUCAUCAUCACUAUCUUCUGCGCUGUGCAUUUCAGCACGAAAGAUGUUUAAGACGACGGUAUUUCUGUCCUGCUGUCCUCUGGAGGAAGGACGUCCACUCGGUCAGAGGUUUAAUGUGAAACCAAGACCAGGACUGAUUCAGACAUCAGUUCUCCUCCGUCUGUAAUCAACCUCUGCAUGAACAUGCUUAUACAAUACAAAAGAGAGAGGUAGUUGGCGGGGCUUGAGAAGUUAUGCCAUUUUUGUCAGGCAACGUUUUGCAGACAAUCACAUUCAAUGUAUGCACCUUUAAAUCACUUAAUAUCAUGCACCCAUGCACAUGCUGAAUAUGUAAAUAAUUUUGUAACCCAUGCACGCCUGUUCUUUUUCAAAAUAUGUUUUGUGCCAAUCCUAUGUUGAAAUAUAUAACUACAAAGAUUUCAGGGCUAAAUGUUACAACAAAAAUGGCUAAUAAUGACCCUAACUAGUAAAUAUCAUUACAGUACAUCACACUGUUUACAGUCUUCAAGUCUUAACAGUUCCUAAAAAUUCUGUAAAAAAAAAAAAAAAUCAGUGGACAUGGACAUCCUGAACAUGUAAAUAUUAAUAAUGCUUGGCGCUUAGUGUUUUCCACUAGAUCAUGAAAACAAUGACAAGGGUCUUAAUUUUUAUAAUAACUUUUGGAGUUUUUUUUUUUUUUUUUUAAAUAGUGAUAAUAUGUAUUUGAGUUUAUUGUUUAUUCAUGGAUUAGUUCAUUGUGAGUCUAUGUUUAUGUGUUGUCAAAUGUUUUAUAAAUCAAAGGACACUAAUUUGCAAUUAAAUGUUUUGAUGAACUUGUCCUAAUUAAAUAAUAAACUUCAUUUAUAAAGCACCAUUCAUUCAAUAGCUCAAUGUGCUUUCAAAGGCUUUAAAUCUGAAAUAUGUCACUUUUGCACCAACAGCACCACCAAACAGGCCUGCAAAACUAAUAUUUUUACCAAUACCAAUAUUUUUCCACCCCCCAAUUUGAGUAAUCAUAAUAAUAAUGCCAAUGCAAAUACUUCCAAACAAACAACAGCAGCAUCGCUGCACAUCUCAGAAUAACACAUAGGUUUAUGUCCAAAAUAGCCUCUUGAGUAGGUACUUAUAUGGAAUAAAUAGUACUUUGUGAGCUCUAAAAAAGUAUAUCAAAAAAGUAUUUCUAUAGCCUGAAGUAUGAAUGAAGUCUGGACGUACUACAUCCGCCAUCAUGUCGCUUCACAAAUCCUCUCCCGUAGGCUCAUGGGAUAGUAAAGUGUCCAUCGUAUGCACACUUUAGAAUCUUGUAGUAGGUCAUCUGGGUAGGUCAUCUUUUUGCCUACUCUUUUAUGAGUAGGGGAGAGUGGGGUAAGAUGAGCCAUAAAAAAGUGUUCCUCUGGCUCAAUUUACCCCAGGUUAGGGGUAAGUUGAUCCGAGUCAGUAGGUGGGUGAUUACUGACCAUCUAACUGAAUCUGAAUCAAACCCAUGUGAAAUUUUAAAGAUAAAUGUACCUAUUUAAAAAAAUAAUUUAAUAAUCAAAUUUCCUUUUACAAGUGUUAUAUUUCUUUUUUAAGCUAAAUUAAACAACACAAAACCAACCAAAUGAAGUUGAAAUUUCAGUAUCUUUAAUUGUUUGCAUUGCUGAAACAAAAUGUUGAACAUCAAAAUUUUAACCUUCCCAAAAACAGACUAAACAGAGAGUUUGUUGAGUAAAAUGAAAAAGGAUUUGGUGUACUUGUACAUUAUUCCUAUCAAAUAAACUCAAAAAUAAACUAAAACAGUUGCGUAAUAUUACAUUGAAAUGACACCAGUUUAUAAUUCAGAUUUAACUUAAAUUCAGUGCCUUAUGGUGGGGUAAGUUAAAACGCUGGCUCAAUUUACCCCACAGCAUUUGGCUCACUUUGCUCCAUAGCUGCCAUUUUAGGAAAAGCUAGCUAGCUUACCAAUUCAGAAUAAUAUUUAGCUAAAUGACUUGCAUGGUUUCAUACAUUGCUAAAUCACCAAUAUGCAUCAUAAAUAGUUUUAGACCUGGACAAAUUUGCUUUGAUGAAACAGCCAUUACAUCUGUUUUGUUCAAAUUUUACUUUGACAAGCCGAAAAGUAAAAGCGACUUUAUUAAAGUAAAUAAGCGACUUCCACUCCGCCCACGUGCUUCUCCUUUUCACAGUCUGGCAGAAAUGAUGGGUGGUUCUAAGAUAUAUGGUCACAUGACAAUAAAAUGGCACGGUUGCCAAGAUACAGGGGUGGGUCAACUUACACACUGACUCAUCUUACCCCACUAUCCCCUACUGUGAAUUAGCACAUACUUUUGUCACGUAGCCUACCGUUUUUUACCUAAUGUAUAGUAGGGAAGUAUGAGAUUUUGGAUGCUGCCAUAUGCUGAAUUCAGAUCUUCAUACUAGUAUACUACUCUUGAUACUAUUACAAUAUCUUAGAGUAGGAUGCUAGUUUGCGGCUCUGAAUUCACCAAUAGUAUUUCACUUCUGAAUGAAUCAACAGGUGUGUUUGGCUUGAAGCUUCAUAGACUGAUUGGUGUAUAAUAUCAAAGCACUGCAAGAGCGAUUAGAGAGCAGAUGCUCUGUAUGUUUGAUGUUGUACACCAAUGGGCCUGUGCAGUGCCACUUCAAGUCAAACACACCUAACAUUUUUGAACUAACGAGUUGUGAUUCAGUGACUCACUUGUUGCUGAAUGAAUCAGAGUAUAAGCAUGAUGUAUUGUGUUUUGAAUUACUGUUUUGAACGAAUCGGUUGAGUGAAUCAUUCAAUGAAUAAAAAGAGUUACUUGUCGCCACCUACUGGCGGAACUAUGUAACCUGCAGAAAGAAAAACAACAUUUUAAUGGUAAAUGCAAUAAAUUAUUUUAGUAAACACAAAAAAGAAUUGAGCAAGAAAUUUAAAGUUACCAUUAAAAAAUUAAAUAAAACCCUAUUGAUGUUUUUAAUGCAUGUUACUGGUCUUUUUUCAUCACUCCAACCAAGUCCAACCAUAUAUUUUUUGUAAACUUGAUUGUUUAUGGAAAUAAAAUGAGUUUUACAUUGACUUUUAAAGUUUUUCCAGUAUCAGGCUUAUACUUAUGUAGACCAAAUAAGAUGCAGGUAAGUUGUAAAUUAUAGAGAGAUAUUGAGAUAAAGCUCAUUUAUUUUUCUCAGUCCCCGACCCCCUUAAUCUUCAGGCCAGAGAGAUGGUGUAUUUGGAUAUGUAUCUUCAGCACUCAUUCGUGCUAUAUAUAGCGUUGGGUCUCAAUCCCACGGUGGUGUCAGGGGCCUCUUGUUAUACCAGUGUGUUCCGGCCAGCAGGGUCACAUGACACAGGAUAGCUGGUUCAGCACUGCCUGUACUGAAAAACACAUGCAGGUCUCCACGCUCCAGAAAACUACAUCAUGCUUAUACAAGGAAAGACUUCAGCACAGUAAACAGACAGAGUUAGAACAGAAGUGAAAUGUGUUAUGGGACAUGAGUCGAACACUCAAUAUUGGGUAUAAUAAUUAACAGUAAAUAAAUCUGACACUAUUUUCAAAACAAAACAAAAAAAAUAAAUGAAAUAGCGCAAUGGUUAUUUUAAAAUGAAAUUAAAUAAAUUCAGUACAAUAAAAACUAUCAUGAUGAUUUCUGACUGUACAUAAUGCUUUUUCAAUGUUGUAAAUAAAAAGAUUAUUGGAGUGUGUUUACAAGACAAUACUAUUUCAGUCUUUCUACAUCAAAAUUUCAUUUUUAAUGCAGUGUGUUGCUUGCUAUUUAUUUGAAAUAAAAUUAAAGUUGUUUCGA